GUAACUAUCUUAGUUUUAUUGGGUUGACUAAAGUUAGGUUCCAAACCUUCAAACAAAUACCUAAGUUUCGUGAAAACGCCAAACUGCCAAUUGCUGUCCCGGUGACUCCCAGAUUCCCUAAACCAUUGACCACGACGUCGCACCACCACUCCACCACCGUAUUCUCGCCGGAAUUCAGUCAAUUGUAAGCUGCUCUUCACUUUCUUCCUUUUCCGUUGUUCCUGACCGGUGUCGCUCGGCUCCCUGACGGUUGACCUAGCCUUCUCAACCGCCGGGACCCUAUCGACGGUUGUACAAUCAACAGUGCGACGCUUUCAUUUGCCAUUAUUGGUGCCUCUUGCGGUCUCUUUGCUGAAUAGCCAGCGUUUCCCAAUACUUUCAGCCUUCAGUUCACCUUUAUUCGAGUUCUGCUGCAGUUAAGCAGCUAUUUAGCAAUAAUGAUAUUUGUUGGCGGGGUUUUGUUUGAGCGCAAUUCCACCAAUCAGGGAAAUUGUGAUCUUGUUGCUCUGAUGACGCACCCUGUUCUUGUCUCUGCUUCACUCUCUUUCAAAGCAAUCCCUGAGAAGAAGUUUUCGACUUCUGAUGCAUCUUCAGAUGAACUCACAAAGAGCAAGCAUGUUUAUUUGUUUCAAAGAGAAUAUGCUACAGUGGACCCUAUGCUUGUGGAUUUUAUUGGCACGGACGAAGCGACUACUUGUGUGGGCAUUGUAAUUAGGAACCGGAACAAUGGAAUGACUUCAGUUGCUCACUUGGAUUCUCCAAAGAUUGUAGACCUUGGCCUGUCUCAAAUGCUGUCAAAAUUAGGAGAUUGUGGACAUGAUACUGAGCUGGAUGUGCAUCUUAUUGGAGGGUUUGAAGAUAACCUAGAUAAACAUACUGAACAAACUGGAGGCAGUUCAGAGCAGAAGGACCAUUCUUUUCCUCUGUGUGCAAAAAUUAUCAAAGCCUUGGGAAAGAGUGUGGUAAAGUUUCAUAUCCAAACUCUGUUUGUUCUUGGCCACAAUACCAGAAAAGAUACUGCAGGGAAUGCACUUCCGAUAUUCAGCGGUGUGCUGGUAGAAACUAGAACAGGAACUGUCAUCCCAGCCACAUUUGAUCAGACCACAAGAUGCCCAGAUGAAAUUGUUAGGAGAAUCCGCAUCUCUGGUUCUUUUAUGGACUCUCGUUGGAGAAAUAAGUUACUCGAGACAUAUGACACUCAAACUGACCGGUUCAUUAUUGCCCCGUGCUCUUGGAGUUCACGCCUUGUACGUAUGGCUUCUUUCCUACAGCAGUUUCCUGAUUCUGAAGUUCUUCGUACUUGUUCUACUUCACCUUUUGCUGAGGCCCCAGACUUUGUGCAUAAUCAAAGAAGGCAGUGGGAUUAUUUGAUUCAACAUCCAAAUUGGAAGGAAACUUUCCAAAUGGAAGAAGCACGCAUAUUUACAAGGAGUGCUAGUGGAGGAUGGAUAAUGGUUGAGCCAGCACACGAGGCGGCUGACUGAUGUUUUCGGCGCUCACAUAGAUUGUCUUUGACAAGUUGAGCGAAUUUAUUCCACAUUGUUGAUUUGACUCAUUUGACAACGUUGUGGCUCUUGAAGUUUGCCUGCCUUUUUCUGUAUCAAAUGCUGCAUACUGUGAGUGGGUGAGGAGUUUUUCAACAAAUCCGUCAGUCCAUUUAAACUUUUAAAGCAACUAAGUGUAAAACUAGCAUACCAUCGUAUGAUUAUAAGUAUAUUUGGGUAAAUAUUUUUACAAGUGGUACACUGUCAGGAAAAUAUUGUACUGUUGAGAUGCUUUGUUUCUUUUUUCUCAAUUUGCAACACUUGCACUUAUUUUUUGAGAAAAUUCUAUUUUUGUACUAUUUAUAUAUAGUACUACAAUUAUUUC